CCCUACUCGCGACAUCGAAACAGCCUAGAGCUGCGGCACCAGUGUUUUGAUGUGCUUCGGUCAACAUUUUCCGCUUGCAACAAUCAAUAAAGAAGCAACCUAACCUUGUCGUGGGAGAAAUAGAAUUCUCUACCACACGACCAUGGUAGACGUGGUCAAAACACCAGCGCAGCUGCCUCUCACCACGCCCGACAGUCCGUCGGUUUCUUCCUCUUCAAGGAAAAGGCGACGAGAAACUCGCGCCACCGCCAUGCGCGCUUCCGUCGCAAAAGUUUUCUGCGCGACCGCCGCAGUGGCCUCCAGGGCGCAGCAGAAUGGCUGGGGAGCAAGCAAGUAAGUACCUGCUUUUGGAGUUGAUGUUGAGGCGAGGAACAAGAAGCAUUUUUCCAUUUGAAUGAUUUGCAUUUUCUUUUUACCAUGCAUAGUUGUAGCACCACAUCUUCAGGUACGCUCCACCCCGUAUAGAAGAGACCAUCGUGGAUUCACCGAUAAGUGUCGAGACGGGCUUCAACUGGGUCGGGAGCAACAAAAACACCAUGCUGCUGCACACAACGGCAGAUAAGAUGUACCGAAGUAGCGACUCAGGCUUUCUGUGGAUGGACAUAACGAAGGAUCUGGAUCCAAAGUACGAGAUAUGUUGCUUUACUACUUUUGUAAUCGCGCAUUAGAGAUAAUUGAGAGUUUGUCCUCAAUGGGGAAUACCUGUGCUACCCAUGCGACAUUGCCACUAUUCGGAAGAAAAACUUCGCAACUUCAGGGCCACCGGUCCGAAGGACACGGCGGGUGUGUCUCACAUCGAAAUAAGUCCGGCGGACAAGAGCGUCGUUCUCGCGGUGGGCACGGACAAGACGCACUACAUAAGCGAGAACGCGGGCGUGUCCUGGCGAAAAAUAGUGUCGAAAAACAAAAUCAAAAUGAUGGCGUUCCACCCCACGAGACGGAAUUGGCUACUUGUCACCAGUUGGACCACGGAGUGCGACAAAGUGUCAAAAAAGGAGAGCGGGUUAGGAGACAACACAUGCACACACAUGGCCUGGGUCACCAAGGACCUAGGCUACUCUUUUACGCUCAUUGACACGUAUAAUUGGUUGUAGCUAUGCUUGAUGUUGCUAGAUGGAAAUUUUUUGCCCGUGGUCAUUCAUACUGUCGAACAAGGAAAGAGAUUCUUUUUCUACUGCUUCGGCUUGUUUCUCUUCGGCACACUAUGACUAUCGCCUUCAUCUAAUAAAAACAGUUACAUCGUCCAAGUGUCCUGGGGUACUGAAGCGCAUCAACAGCAGGACUCCGUCUAUUUCACGCACUAUAACAAAAAGUCCGGGAACCAGCCCAACACGCCGCACUUCACGCACCCAAUAGAAUUUUCCGUGACGCACAACCAGGGCAAAACGUCGACGACGCUGCUGGAGAAGGGGAACAGAUUCAUGAUCAGCGACAAGUACAUCUUUUGCGCGACCAUGAGACAGCAGGACGACUUGACAAAUUUGGCGUUGAUGGUCAGCAACGACGGAGGAAGCACCUUCCAGCCCGCACAGAUCCCGGAGAAACUAGAGCAGAAGGGCUACACCAUCGUGGACACCAGUGAGGGGGUAUAGAAAUUCUGAUUCUAGUGGAUGUUGUGGCUUGAUGUUGAUCUAACGUGCCAACAAUGUAGUUCAACCGCGACCUAGUACGUGUGCGAAUACUUUAUCCUGUCCAGCAUGAGAGAGUAGGUCAAUUGUUCACGAGAAACUUCUCUGUCAAACAGGAAGUCAUGCUCGAAGUGAGACACGGGAGCGCCAGACACGGCAACGUCUACGUCUCCGAUGAACCAGGUGUGCGGUACACGAGGGCGCUGUGGCAGGCGGAAGAAAACUCCGUCUCGAAAGUAGCCGGGAUCGACGGGGUAUUUGCGAGUCUGUAAAACUUUGUUUUUGCUCCUGAUGCGGCCCAAUAGCGAAUGGUGACCCGACUCGUCAAUCGGGAUGCAUCGACCCAAGUGGUUUGACUGUGAUGUAGGUGAAAAACAAAAUUUCCUCCAGAUCUACAUGGCCAACGUCCGCAUGGACGCCUCUGCGGCCGUCGGGGACCACGCGCAUGGCACGAGACACGAACUCGCGGAGGAGGAUAUGGAGGAAAACGCGGCGGCACCAAAAAAAGCUGCAAAGCCCGGCAAGAAGGAAGACGUGAUAAGGACUGUGAUUAGUUUUGACAAGGGCGGGUUUUGGGAGCAGAUACAAGGUAACUUUUAUUCUGUCUUUUUUGGAUGACGAAGCUAAUCCUAAUUUCGACCUGCGUGAAGAUUGUUACUAUGAAGCAAUAGUAGAAACAGAACCAAGAAUUUGUCUUUUUCUCAAGGUCCCCGUUUGGAUUCCCUCGGCCAACCGAUCACGGACUGCGCAGAUUCACAAAACUGCUACUUGCACCUUCACGACAUGAUGAGCUACCGGACUUUCCCCGGAUUCUACUCCCUCGACAACGCAGUCGGGAUCAUCAUAGCAACAGGCAACAUGGGCGAUAGCAUGCGAUGGGAGACCGAUUUGACCCAUACGUAUCUAAGCAAGGACGCCGGCGUUACGUGGUCAGAGGUAAGUACAAGUAGUGGUUUUUGAUGUUACAGCGUUUAUCCGAAGUGAAGCAGCUGAAGCAAUUUGCUGUUUCGAUCUGUCAAACAGCAGGAAGUCUUGUUGCCAACAACAAGAAAAUCAAAAAAUAUCUAUCACCUUCACAGAUUCAUCGCAAGCCGAUGAUUUACGAAAUUGGCGACCACGGUGGGAUUUUAGUGAUGGCAUCCAACAACGAGGCAACGAAUGAAGUGCUUUACAGCUGGAACGAGGGCGAGAAAUGGCAGACGUUGCAGAUGGACCAACAGGGCAGAAAAUUCAACGUGGACAACAUUAUCAUUGAGCCCGGCGCGACUUCCGUCGUCUUCAUCGUGCACGGAACCCGGGGUGGGAAAGGUAUCGUCGCAAUUGCUAGUGUGUGUGAUCUGCAUGACAGCCUAUUGCGCAGCCGCGCUUUGUAUAAGAUUCUGGUUCUCAUCCGCCUGCGCGAGGGAUUCGUAGUAAGUCCAAAUCAAACUAAGUACUUCUGUUAUCGCCCUAACACCAGGCGUUCUCUACCACCUCGACUUUUCCGUCAUGGGCAUCCCGAUGUGCAACGAAGUCUGGUCCCCGGGCUCCGUGGCCUCCGAUUACGUCCUCUGGUCGCCAACCGACACGAAAAACUCCGACCAGUGUCUGAUGGGGAAGCAAGUCACCUACACGAGGAGAAAACCCACCGCGGAGUGCUUCAACGGGGAGCAGUUUGAGCGCCCGGUGCAAAAGAAGAACUGCCAGUGCACACAGGAAGACUACAUGUGCGAGCUGGGGUUCACCCGGGAGGUCGGGGCCAUGGAGUGCACCCAGGUGGUGGUAGAAGCGGACUCCACGGAGGAGGAGGUAAUACCCGAGGAGUGCAAGGACGGGUCACUCUACUACACACCAGCGGCGUAUCGGAAAGUGCCGGGGGACGUAUACAGGAUUUUUUAUUUGAUGAUCAACGAGCGAAUUAGGUCCACAUGAGAAAUGCGUUUGCUGUUCAUGCAUGCUUGCGCACCAUCAGUAGAAGUUCAAGUUUCAUUUCUUUCCACGACAUCGUCAUGCUCGUCAUAAAGCCUCGAUCAUCCUCGACUACAUUACCCACAGGCCUGCGAGGGCGGGUGGAUGGCGCAGAACCCGACCAUAGGCUGUCCGGCGAAUUCUGCGGUGCAUCACUUAGGCAGACUGGUUCUCCUCCUUUUCAUCGUCGGCGCGGUCUAUUUCGGGUACAAAAACGCGGACACCGUGAACUUCUUUGCGAAGAAGGGAAUAGAGAGGUUCAACCAAGUGAAAUACCAGAAACUCGGGCCGAACGCGGGGGACUUGGAGCACCAGGGCAUCGAUCACGCACUGGAUACCUUUGUCGACCGGGACGACUUUUUGCACUCCACCACCUACGACGAAGACGCGCCGGCGGUGUUCGAGCUGGAGGAGGAGGCGCCGAAGAUGGUCCGCGGGCAGGCGGAUUCGCUGACGACACCCAUUCCAGCGCUGUUUGCGCCCAGAAGUAGUGCGUCGGAGCAGGUGCAAACGUUCGGAACCAUGGACGAUCUGUUGUAGGCUGCCGGCGGCGGUAGCGGCGAGAUCAUGAAACUGCGGGUUUUUGGUUUUGCGAAGUACUUUACAAAUUUUAGGCUUCUCGAAGAAAUUAAGCUUAGAUCUGAAUGUUCCCCUGAUUUUCACAAGAAACGUCUGAGGUGACAGCGACUGCCUUGCUGAAUGUGCUUUAGAAAGUAAUGAAUGUGGGAAACGUCGGUGCCUGUGAGUUCAAAGGAACGCAGGCGAGAAAAGACAAGGUUUUGAAACUUUUUUAACUCAGCAAGAUCGUCAUAAAAUACAGAAAAUCCUACACACCACAUAGGCGUUGUUUUCGUGUUUUUGGUCAACGCUCGGCUUCCAAGCAGGUUGCUCAGUCAAAGGUAUUGAGCGCUUCUUUCUAAGAGGCCAGAGCGCUGGAUCGGUUUUCGAAAAAUGCUUUUGGUUUUGCAAUAUCAACUCCAGAUUCUACUGUAUCUUUAUUAAGAAUUGCUAUCGAUCUGUGUCACAAUGUGGCUUCUAUGCGGAUUCAUUGUUUUGCGAUUACUGACAUUACGAGAGACUCUUUGUCCCCAUUCAAGAUGUGGUUUUUCUUGGUUGGCAAAUAACUUGAUGACGAUGACACACCUGAU